UAUCUCUCAAAUUUGACUUCUAGGCUUCCAAAACAAGCACAAGUUUGGUGGCUUACUCGCCUACAUACCUUCCUUUUUAGUCCAUUUGUUCCUUGCCAUUUUACCUAAAGUACAGCAGGCUACCAAGUUCAACUACUAUUCCAUUACACAUCCCCCAAAAUAAUAAUAAUAAUAAUUUGUACUACUUCAUAUAGCUAGCUGCAUUGUCCCUCCAAUUCAAUUUGUUCUACCAAUUCGAGAGUGGUUUUCAUCUUUUCAAGUUGUAAUGGCAAUCUUAGCUUUGCCAAAACCAAAAUUCCUUGCCUUCACUCUAAUUUUCAUGGCCAGAUUGUGCUGCUACACAGGAUAUGCUCAGGUUGUCCCCGGACAGAUGGUUGCUAAAGCAUUGUUGUGUUUGAAUAACAAGAUUAUUUAUUCAGGAUGUGACAAGGCAUAUAGAUUAACACAGAGUGGGAAUCUUAAUGUACCUGCUGAAGCAACUGACCUAUUCUGUAAUGGACCUUGCUUAGCUGAGACAAGAUUAGCGCUGAGUUGCAUUAAUUAUGUGAUAUCAGAUUUUCUUUUCUAUAAUAAGGCUACUGUAAGAGACAUAACUUAUGCGCUGAGUGCUGGUUGCAGCUCCACCAGGCAAAGAGGUGACUUCAAUGUGGCAAGGUACAUCAAUGGUGAAACAAGUAGUGCAUCAAGUUUGCCCAACUUGAUUGGAUUCUAUUCCUUGGCUCUGUUCAUUUGGUGGAGGCUAUUGCUCUUGUAAUGUAACUCAUCAAAUUGCAAGAAUAUACUACAGGACUUAUAAUAAACAUGCCAUCCAAGUUCUAAAAUGAGAGAAUUUAUGAAG